AGGAGGAGGAGAAGGUGACGAAGUAGCGAACGCGGACGGCGCCGAGGGGAUCGUUUCCGCGUGCCACCACGGUGCUUGCUUAGGAUACGCGUCCGCAGUGCUCGCAUAUGCCAGUUCGCAGCGGCUCCGGCGGCCGGCAGCGUGAGCAGCGGAUCUGUGCGCGCAAGCGUGACACCGGAUUUACAGCAUGGCGGAGCGCAGGAAAAACAGGAAGCGCAAAGAUGAAGUAGCCAGUUUGGAUACUAAGGUCGCUCAGGACAAGCCGUCCAAGGAGGAGUACGCGGUAGCCAAGUGGAUCCGCAAUAAUGUGCCGUCGAAGAAGACCAAGUUCGAUAGGACCCACAAUGUCGAGUACUUCACCGGGUCGCGGGCGAUUGACGCCCUACUGGAAAAUUCGCCCUGGAGCACGGUGUUCGAGAACCGCGAGCAGGUCUCCCAGUUCUUGGACCUGAUGCUCAGGCACAAGUUCUUUCACAGGGCCAAGAAGGUGGUGAUCUCGGAGGAGGAACUUAACAAAAUGCGGGGCAUCAAGAAGAAGACAAAGGACCCGAAGGAGGACAGGAAAGCCACGGAUAAGGAAGACACCAGGGAGACCAAAGACGUGGCGGUGGUGAAGGACGAGAAGGGCGAAGAGAAAAGCGACGAACGGAAGGAUCAUAAGAAGAAGCCAAAAGUGAGACUAGAAAUGCACAUGGAACAGUACUUUGUCGAUUGUAACGACGCGUAUGUGUGGAUAUACGAGCCGAUCCCUGUGUAUUACUGGUUCUUCGGCACGCUCGUAGUCUUAGGUGCGAUAGGAGUCUGUCUCUUCCCACUGUGGCCCUUAACCAUUCGUCAUGGAGUUUACUAUCUAAGCGUCGCAGCUGCGGGAUUUCUCGUAUUCAUAUUAGCGCUGGCUAUUAUUAGAAUGAUCGUAUUCUGUCUUCUGUGGGUGCCCACGUUGGGUAGAUGUCAUCUGUGGCUGCUACCUAAUCUUACAGCAGAUGUUGGCUUCUUCGCGUCCUUCUGGCCGUUGUAUCAAUAUGAAUAUUAUGGCCCCGCGUCGGACGGCGACAAGAAAGCCAGCAAAAAGAAAAGGAGAAAAGAGAAGGAUUCUGAUUCCGAGGAUGCGCCAUUAGUUCAAGAAGAGAAACCUGUAGCGACGGAAACGACUAACGAGGAGUUAUCUUUGCCUAGCGAUGAGAGGAAAACUUCGUCCGAUUCGGCGGAAGGCGAGGACGGAAGUGAGGAAGGCUCGGAGAGUGAGAAAUCCAAUACGAGUCGAGAUUUUGUUAUGGUUUAGAACGCGAGAGCCGGACAGUAGAUAGCUUCAUGUUUGCUGGGACAAACAGCUGUAUUAAUUGUAUCGCAUUAAUCAUCACUGAAACCGAUAUAUGCUUGCGGCGCGUUACUCCGCGCGUCGUAUUUGACGCGCGAGUCUAACAAGCCGACCGUAGCAGAUUCUCCACAUUUAUUGCAUUUAAAGGUUCGUUCAUGAACGAGUGGGCAAAAUCGCUUGUGACUUUUGCAUGGAGAGAUUUUUCCCGUAACUGGCGUGAAUGUUAAGUAUUUGUCUCCGAGGAGCGUAAGCGUGAUACGAGGCAUAUUUUAUUCAUAUAUAGAUAUCUAUACAAACAUAUAUGUGUAAUAUGAGGAAAUCGUAUUAGACGUAAUUUCGUUAUCAGUUUCCGUUGAAUAAAUUGUGGGUACUGUUCGAA